UGUCUUGGAAACAAGAACCUGUUGUCAAACGUUGCUAGGGAAGUAACCGAGCUACUUAAAUAGCCGCUAAAAGAAAAAAAACAACAACAACAAUAAACGAGAGGUGUAUGCCAGUGAGCGAUGAGAAAGCUCCAUCCACCUGAGCUGGUGUCAGACAUGACAAGAGGAUGACUGAGAAUGGAGAGGACAGCCCCCUCCAUCAGUCCUGUGAGGCUCCUGAUAAAGGAGAUGUGAUUGACAGCAUCAGCAGGCCACUCAAGACCUCUUUAGAAGAUGCCAAAACCUGCAAGGACCAUAAUGAUGCGCCCAAACUCGCUGCUAGAAACACAGAUGGAGACUUUGGCCAAUACCAGCCUCGGCCACCCUCACUACCCAAGCUGUUCACCAGAGGCGGCUCAGUGGAGGAGACGGUGAGGACCAGGAGGCUGAGAAACAGCCAGGAGAGUCUGAGCGACCCCGCUGAGACCGGCUCCUCCACAGACUCGCUUAAAGAGAACCGGACAGUUCAAGCUCCAGGCGGGCUCGUUCUCAGUGGUGCUGCCACCACCACCAGAAAUGAGCAGGAACCUGACGUGAGGCCCCUCUCUUCUGCUGGUACGACGGGGUCACCAGUUUUCCGGGACAGAGGGAGCAGUCUGUCCGAGUAUGAAAGGAGACCCCCCAGCCAGCAGAGCGACCCCACAGACCACCGAGCGAGGUCCACCAAGGCGCGCCUGUCUCCGGUGCAACCCACUGGGCCCCUGCCCGCUCUGGAGAAGAGCUUUGCGUCAGCCACCUUGAGGGCAGCUAAUAGGAUUGACAGGGAUUGUUUGGAUUAUGCAGUCCUGGCCAGAGAGAAACUCGGGGAGAGAUUCCACAGGAACCUGAGCGACAGCCGGCUUCUGGAGAACAUGGGGUCGGAUAGUGCCUCUGUCAACUCCAUGAGGUCCACCUACAGCGUGCUCAGCCCCAUCAGACCCCAGGAUGUGAGGAACAGGAGCUUUCUGGAGGGCAGCGGGCUGGGAAGUGGAGCCCUGCUCGGGGCCGAAGAGCUGGACCGCUACUUCCCUGACAGGAAAGUGGGCAUCUACAUAGCCACAUGGAACAUGCAGGGCGAGAAGGGGCUUCCAGCGAACCUAGAUGAUCUCCUACUUCCAACAGACUCUGAAUUUGCACAGGACUUUUAUAUUAUUGGGGUCCAGGAAGGUUGUCCUGACAGGAGGGAGUGGGAGACCCGUCUUCAGGAGACUCUGGGACCUUACUACGUCAUGCUGUAUGCAGCAUCACAUGGUGUUUUGUAUCUCACCGUAUUUGUCAGAAGAGAUCUCAUCUGGUUCUGCUCAGAGGUGGAGCAUGCCACAGUCACAACCAGGAUCAUCUCCCAGAUCAAGACCAAAGGGGCUGUGGGAAUCGCAUUUACCUUUUUUGGCACUUCCUUCCUCUUCAUCACAUCCCAUUUUACCUCGGGAGAUGCCAAAAUUUAUGAGAGAAUACUAGAUUACAACAAGAUCGUUGAAGCUCUAGCUCUUCCAAAAGGCCUUCCAGACACCAACCCUUACCGCUCCACACCGUCUGACGUCACCACAAGGUUCGACCAGGUCUUCUGGUUUGGAGAUUUUAACUUUCGGCUGAGUAAGGAUCGGGUCGAUGUGGAGACGAUCAUGAACCGCACAGUCGCAGGUGAUAUGGGCCCCCUGUUGGCGCACGAUCAGCUCUCCAAGGAAAUGAAAGAUGGUUCAAUCUUUAAAGGCUUCCAAGAGGCACCGAUACAUUUUUUCCCGACAUACAAAUUUGACAUCGGCUGCGAUAUCUACGACACGACUUCUAAACAGAGGACGCCUUCGUACACAGACAGGAUCUUGUUCAGGAACAGGCAGGCUGAUGACAUAAAAGUGGACAAGUACACCAGCUGCUCCAACAUCAAGACCUCAGACCAUCGGCCCGUCAUCGGCGUCUUCCAGGUCAAACUCAGGCCAGGCAGAGACAACAUUCCCCUUGGUGCAGGACAGUUUGACAGAGGCUUGUACUUGGAGGGCAUCAGGAGGAGGAUCACCAGAGAGCUGAAGAGGAGGGAGGCCAUGAAGAACCAAAGUAGCAGCGCCAUCUGCGCCAUCUCCUAAACCCUUAGAAUGAACUCUCCAGACCAGACAGGACUGGAUCGAACUGUGCCAGAAAGUGCGGGCAAAAGAAAAAAAAAAAAAAGGACCAAAAUGAAACCAGAGUUGUCUUAACUGCACAGAGCUCAGUGCUGGUUGUGGCAACUGAACAGAGAGCGCCCUCUGUUGGGCAUUGAGAGCUGUCUCUGUGUGUGUGUGUGUGUCCUUGUAGAGGUGACUGGCUGUACUUUGAGGGCAGGGACCUUGAGGUCAGACAGACACAGCGGCAGAAGUUUGGCCUUUAUUUAUUCAGCCCUCCCUAACUCAAACAUGACUGAUACAGACAGGUGGGUUGGGGGGGUCUGCGGUGUGAACUGAUCUAACCUUAAAAGCUCUGUGUAGCUGCAUUCAUUCAAAAAGCAUCACGGACCACGAUGUUUUUCUGAAUGCUCCAUCAGUGUUCAAAUGCCUUGUGAAUAUGUCAUCAAGCAGCUUAUCAAACAUAAUUGCAUUUUGGUGGUGCAUUUUUUUAAAUAUAAUUUAGGUGUCUGCCAUUAAGCUGAGAGAUACAUUAAGACUGAAGAUAUGGGCAUGAGGUCAAAUAUAUAAUUUCAAGAGCAUGACAUUGAUGAGCACCACAGUCAGAAAGUUGUUACUACUUAUCACAUGCUACUGUUGAAUUUCAGGGAGAUCAAAUGUAUUUUUGAACAAACUCGCUUCCUAUAAAAUACAACAUUUUAUUUACACUGUUAACGCCUGUCUCACCUUUUCCUCUUAUACGGCCAAGUGAUCCUUUGCAACAGACUGUAACUCAAUGCCUUACCUCCCAUAUCGCUGCUGUGUAACCUCAUAUAUACUAUAUACUAGAAACUGUCCACGUACUGUAUGUACCACGUUAAUGGCAGUCUGCUCCAAAAAGAAGUGCCUGUGGGUCUUUUGUCAUUUCUUCAGGACCUCUUUAUCUGCAUCGUUUUAUAUGUCACCUAACAUCACGUAAUAAAUGUUUUAAAACACA